GGGAAACGGCCGGCGUCACUGCUGCGCGGGCGGGGAGGAACCGCGCGGGCCGGAACGAGCCUGGUCGCAGCGGGAGCGCGGGUCGUUGCCGGAAAGCAGAGAAACAUGGCUCUCCCCACGCUGCCCUCUUACUGGUGCACUCAGAGACUCCUGAAUCAGCAGGCAGUGCUCCAGCGCCAGCGAGAACAGGAAGCCCGGCUUCGGCAUCAGUGGGAACAGAACAGCCGUUAUUUCAGGAUGUCUAACAUCUGCAGUUCCAAACAGGCAGAAUGGAGCUCCAAGACCUCCCACCAGCGGAGUAUGCAUGCCUACCAGCGUGAAAAGAUGAAAGAGGAGAAGAGGAAGAGUCUGGAGGCCCGACGGGAGAGACUCAGGCAGCUUAUGCUGGAAGAGCAGGACCUGCUGGCCAGGGAGCUGGAAGAGCUCAGGCUGAGCAUGAGCUUGCGGGAAAAAAGAAUCCGGGAGCAGCAUUGGAAUCUGAAGUCAGCUCGGGAAGAGCAAAGGAAACUGAUUGCUGAACAACUUUUGUAUGAACACUGGAAAAAAAACAACCCAAAACUUCGAGAGAUUGAGUUGGACCUUCACCAGAAGCAUGUGGUAGACUCUUGGGAAACGCAGAAAGAAGAGAAAAAGCAGCAAGAAGCCAUCGAAAAGCAGGAAAACAAGCGGUAUGAGAAUGCAUAUGAAGCAGCCCGAAGGGAAACGAUGGAGCGGAUGAAGGCGGAAGAGGAGAGGCGGCAGCUAGAGAAUAAGCUGCAGGCUGAGGCGCUGUGUCAGCAGAUGGAGGAGUUGAAGUUAAGGGAGAUGGAGGCCACCAAACUGAAGAAGGAGCAAGAGAAUCUUCUGAGGCAGCAGUGGGAGCUGGAGAAGCUAGAAGAGGAGAGGAGGCAGAUGGCGGCCUUCCUACGCAAGGCGGAACUAGGGCGCUUUUUGAGACAUCAGUAUAACGCACAACUCAAUAGACGUACACAGCAGAUUCAAGAGGAACUGGAGAUAGACAGGCGGAUCCUGCAGGCUCUCCUAGAGAAGGAGGAUGAGGCCCAGUGUGUUCACCUGGCCAGGCGGGAGCAAGCCCUGGCUGACGUAGCCUGGAUGAAGGAGGUCAUUGAGGAGCAGCUGCAGUUGGAGAGGGCACGGGAGGCAGAGACGCAGAUGCUGUUGAGGGAGGAGGCCAAGGAGAUGUGGGAAAAGAGAGAGGCAGAGUGGGCCCGAGAGCGGAGUGCACGGGACAGACUGAUGAGCGAGGUUCUGACGGGACGGCAACAGCAGAUACAAGAAAAGAUUGAACAGAACAGGCAGGCACAGGAGGAGUCCUUACAACACAGGGAGCAACUCCUUCAGCGUCUCGAGGAGGCAAGGGAGUUGGCCCGCUGUGCAAAAGAAGAGAGGGAAGAACUGAAGUUGGCUAGGAAGCAGGAGCUGGAAGCCCAGGUCGCAGAGCGCCAGCUGCAGGUAUGGGAAGCAGACGAGCGGGCGGAGGAGGAAGAUGAGGAGGCCAGGCAGGCAGAGCAGCUAUCUGAGGCUCUACUGCAGCAGGAGGCAAAGACUAUGGCCGAGCAGGGCUACCAGCCAAAGCCUUAUGGACAUCCCAAAAUUGCGUGGGACUGACCUUGUUGGUGCCAUCAGCACAGAGAAGGAUGCUGAUUCCUCUGGUACACAGCCACACAGUUGUAC